AUGUAUAAAGAAGGUAAAGACGAAGUGAAAGAAAAUAACACCAAAAACAACAAUAAAAACAACUCUUUAAUUAUAGAGGCAGAAAAAGUAGCGAUCAAUGGUAUUAUUGAAGGUAUUAAUGAUAUUCUUAAGGUUACUGUUGAGGCUCUCUCAAAUGAUAAUGAUAAUAAUAAUAACGAAGAAGUUCGUGAAAUGGCUCGACGUAAAUCACUUGUUUUGUCAAAAACAAAAUCAUUAUCCGAAAUUAUAAAAAAAACGGCGCCAGUAUUAACAACAAAAGUAGAUGGAGAAUCAUCACGCCAAUCAUCACGUCAAUCUUCACGUCAACCUCCUUCGCGUCAACCUCCUUCGCAUCAACCUCCUUCGCGUCAACCUCCUUCGCGUCAACUUCCUCCGCGUCAACUUCCUUCACGUCUACCACCUUCACGUCUACAUCCUUCGCGUUCACAUACUUCGCGUCAACCUAAUUCGCGUCAACCUAAUUCGCGUCAAACUCCUUCGCGUCAAACUCCUUCGCGUCACAUUCCUUCACAUCAAACUCCAUGUCAAAGUCCUUCACGUCAAUAUCCUCAAUAUCCUUUAAUUCAACCUUCAAGUCAAUCUCCAAUACGUUGUAUUUACUGUUCAGAAGGUCAUUGGAUUAUUCAUUGCCCGAAAAUUCCAAAAGAAUACAGGGGUUGUGCGUAA